AUGUCAUAUGACCAUUAUGACCAGCAUUUGAAGUGGGUCCCUACAGUUUGGUAUCGCAAGAAACUCAUUUGGUCCAGGCUGGCCAAGCGCGUUGCCUCAGUUCUUGGUGAGGAGAUUGGCCAGGGGACUGUGGGAUAUCGAAUCAGUGGUGACACCAUUGACGGGAAGCUCUGCUUUGUAACUGUUGGCUACUUGCUGCAACGUCUGGUCAACAACCCUGAGGAUUUUCACCGCUACACACAUGUGGUGCUGGAUGAGGUGCACGAACGUGGAGUAGAUGCUGACCUCCUUUCCAUGGUGAUCAAGCUGCUAAUGCAUUGCUGUCCAAAAGUGAAACUCAUCGUGAUGUCUGCAACGUUGCAGGUGGAAAAGCUGCCCCAACCCCACAACAUUCAGCAAGCAUCACUUUUUGCAGACUACUUUGCAUCUUUACAAAAAAGCAAAAAACAGCUCCUCGGCCAAGACUUGGUGUUGACGCUGUCGGAAGUUCUGGCUGUGGGUGCCCGUUGCCACCCUGUGGAGCAGCUCUUCUUGGACGAUCUGCAAGAUCAGUUUGACUUUGCUGAGCCACGUGAUCGAAGAAGUUUGGACAAUGCUCUUGUUGAACCCCAGAUCUCCGAGGGUCUCAUGGAGGUGACCUGCAACCUCGUGCAGCAGCUUGCACAGCCGGCGUGCACAGUCAUUGUUUUCUUGCCUGGAAUUGCGGACAUCACGCAACUAUUUGAGUCCUUGGCGCCGCUGGAUGACACUCGUGACAUCUCGCGUUCGGGCAUUACGAAGCGAGCAGAUUGCCCAAGGCUUCGAAUCUUUGCGCUGCACUCCAUGAUCCCGCGGCAGGAGCAGGAGGAAGUCUUUAAUGAAGUUCCCAAGGAUUGCAGUCACAUUGUUUUGGCGAGCAACAUCGCGGAGAGUUCUCUCACACUGCCCAAUGUCUGUGCAGUCGUCGACUUGGCCCUCAGACGUUCGGUCCAGUAG